ACUUGACUCCUUUUCCAAAGAAAGCAGGCAAGUAAUGGCUGACCACGAUGAGGGGAUGCCCCAUUCUUAGUUUGUCUUUACCAAAAAAAAAAGGGUUAAAAUGCAAGGCAAAAUCGGAGUUGAUACGAUUUUUGUGGCCAAAAAAUUCCUUUGUAAAGUUCCACAGUGUUAAGCUUGCCAUUGAUAAUUCCACAAAGAUGUCGGAUGGACUUCUCUUUUUCCGCAAAAUUCCACCUUUCCUUUCCCAACCAAAAACAAAUUAAACUCGGAAAAUGGAAGGAAGAACAAAGGGUUCUUGAUCUUCUUGUUAAGUUCCACUAGAAGUUCAUUGAGAAAGAGAAUUAAUUGGUCAUACUUCUGACGGAAGCCCCUUCAUUAACAAGAAAUAUGGGACGAAUCCCUGUGUAACAUUUGAAAAAAAGAAAAGAAAGAAAAGAAAAGCAAAUGGAUCCCACUCUGGAUAGGAGUCGACAUUUUGUCUUUCCAAAUGUCGAGGAGUUACUCAUUGAGUGGAAGGAAUUAAUUAGGGAAGAAAAAUCAAGAGGGUGUAGGGACCAAGGUCGUCAAGUUACAGAAAUCACUGGUGAUUACAAUCAGAUGUUGGAUCCUAUCGCUGAAAAUAUCACUCAACUAGGCCUGGAUUGGUUCUUUUUGAAAAUGCUCUGGAAUUCCAUGGAGUAUAGUAAUGCAUAUCAGUUCGUCAUGUCUGAAAAUCUUUUCGGGAAAAUUCAUGGUGUGGCAGAUGAGGUGUUGCGGGAUUUAUGGUCAUGUGAGGUUGGAUAUGCGAAGUUCGACCUGAAAAGGUCUCACGAUGUCCUCAGGUUGCUCGCUGACUGCAAAAGGAAGACUGAUGAGCUUAUAGAGACUUGGAUUCAAGCAGCUGUGAAGGACUUAUCAAACUCAGACAUUUGUGUCCAAGUGUCUGGUUAUGAGGAUAUUCGGGAUCUUUUUGAUGGAUUUAUAGUACAAAAUAGGUGGUCAUAUGAUGAUGAUGCAGGCAAGUAUGUUGUUGAUAUAAAGCUAGUUUUCCUCUACCGGGAGCUAUCAUCAAUCUGCCUGCUGUUUGAUAGUCUCGAUAUAGGGAAAACCCCGAUUGAGACUAAAUUGAAGAUUAAGCGUUGGCAAGUGGCAUCUGUGAUCCUGAAAAUUGUAGUUCAAUCCUGCGAUUUCUGGUUCAAUAGAAAAGACACCGAUGAAACUGCAAAUGUUAUGGCAACUGAAAUGAUGGAUUUGCUACAGGAGAUUGAUCCUACAAAUCUAGAAUUCCUACGGCUUGUUCUCGCAUUCCUGAAGACUGCUGAAAAAACACCCUGGAGUAGAGUCGACAUCUUUUGCCGCUAUCUUCUCAAUUGGUUUGAUAGAGAACAUCUUGAAAAGGAGCUGCUUUCCCUAGUUUCUAUUUACAUUGGAAAUAGAGGUAAGAGUAAUAUGCAGAGUUUCUAUGCAGAGAUUGAGGCUGUCCUACAGGAGGCCGCCUUUGUCCAUCGUCCUGUGCAACGAGAAGUUGCAGUUGAUUGCAAAGCAGAAGUUUUGAGAAAGCACAAACAAAAUCCGGAUGCAAUAAGGCAACAAAAUCUAAGUGCUGCACUGCCACCUUGUUCUGAGUUACUCGCGAAAAUUUGUUUUCUCAAGGCAGAGUUUUUUCUCAAGCAACAACUCACCCUUUUCAGUGACAACCCAUUUUUCAGGGUUCGUGGAAUCCUCUCCAACCUGAGAGCAUUUAAGAAUGAUCUGUGUCAACAACAUGGGAACACCAAUUAUGUGAAGAAGAGUUUGAUUCUCGCUGAGGAAUUGGCAAAGGAGAUACAAUCCCUUCAGACAUCACUCAAGUCCAAGAGGAUUACCAGUGCUUUGGUAAACCACUCACUUUUUCUGUGGCUUUUCAGGAUCCUGUUUUUCAAGGCCGAGUCAACUUUAACAGAGUUAUUGAAGAGCAGCAACACUUCCAUUGCUCAUAAGAUGGAUCAAAUUCAGUACCUUGUUAAGGAGCUUUUAUAUUUCAAAAGUAUUCUAACAACUAAGCUGGAAAUGGAAAGUAAUCCAUCAGAUGAUGAAACGGUCUUCAUGCAACUUGAAGAUGUUGCUAGGGAAAUUACACUUUUCUCUUACUCUUAUCUCCCUGAUCACAAGAGGUUCGAGAAAAUUGUCGAUUCAUUGCCUCAAUUGUUGGAUAAGGUGAAACGUCUUAAAUCUAAGCUCCCAGAAAUAAGUCACCAUUUGCCGAAGUCUGUGUUCCCCAAGACCUUCCAACUUGGGUUCUCUAAUUUCCUGUGCAGAAACAUAAGAGAGCUUCAAAAACAUGAUCCUGAAACAAUUACACUAGUGAAGCACUACUUUGAAGAAGUUCUGCUCCAUCUAGUGUCUUUCAAAUCUUUUAUGGUGAAAGUAAAAGAUACAGAUGUCGAGCAGGGAGAAUUAAAGAAUCUGAAGAAUCUCAUCAGAGAUGCAUCAUACAGACUAGAGUUUGUUGUUGACUCAAUUGAGUUUGAUUCACAUCAAUCACUCUGGUUUUAUGAUGUGCUGGAGGAUAUCAGACUUGUUGAUCAACAGGUUCAUGAAAUCCAUGAGAGGCCCCGUGUUGUUGAAAAUGAAAACACCCCACAAAUGCCAUCCAGGAUCAUAUCAAAAGUUACUGCACCAGAAACCAAUGAGAUGCUGGUUGAUCUUGUCGACGAAGAAAAUGCAAUAGUCGAGCGCCUAACCAGAGGGUCCUCACAGCGAGAUGUUGUUUCGAUUGUAGGUAUGCCAGGUAUUGGUAAGUCAACUCUUGCUAGAAAAGUUUUCAACAAUCGAAAUGUGGAGUGUCAUUUUCAUCGUCGUGCAUGGUGUACUGUUUCACAAACAUACUCAAAAAGGGAACUGUUGCUUGAACUGUUAAGUCAUAUUGAUGUGCUUACAGAUGACAUUAGUAAACUGACUGAUGAUGACCUCAUGUCCAAAUUACGCCGGUAUUUGUUGAGGAACAAGUACUUGAUCGUUAUGGAUGACAUUUGGGACACUGUAGCUUGGUAUGACUUGGAAAAAUGUUUUCCUCAUGAUAACAAUGGAAGUAGAAUACUGACAACCAGUCGUCAUCGGGAUGUGGUCAACAAAAUCAAACCUGACAGUGAUCCGCAUCCUCUUCGCCCAUUUUCAGAAGUUGAAAGUUGGAACCUAUUGGAAAAGAAGAUAUUUAAAGGUGCGGCUUGUCCUAAGGAGUUGUUGGAAGUUGGAAAGGAAAUAGCUCAACAAUGUCAAGGGUUACCGCUGGCAAUUGUCACGAUAGCUGGACUCCUGCAAAAGCUAGAAAGUAACAAGGAUUCAUGGAUUAAAGUCUCAAAAAGCUUAAACUCGGAGAUAAUUAGAAAUCCUGAAAGUCGCUGCAAGGAAAUUCUAGAACUGAGCUAUACUCACUUGCCGGAAUAUCUAAAAGCAUGCUUUAUUUACCUGGGGGGUUUUCUCGAGGACAAAGAUAUUCAUGUUUGCAAGUUGAUACGUUGUUGGAUGGCAGAAGGGUUCAUAGAGGAAGUUGAGUGGAAGAGCUUGGAAGAGGUUGCAGAGGAUUAUUUGAUGGAGCUGAUAAACCGAAGUCUAGUGAACAUCCACAAAAGAAGAUCAAAUGGAAAGGUUAAAACAUGCCGUCUUCAUGGUCUAUUGCUUGAUCUUUGUCACUUGAAAGCAAAGGAAGAGAACUUCCAACAACUGGUGACCAAGCAUGAUGAACCAUAUGCGUCUUUCCCUGAUUCUGAAUUUGAUUUGGAGGUUAGUAGCAAGAAUCUAUUAGCUCCUGUAAUUUUUGAGAGCUACAGAUUGAGCUUUAAUGUGAAACGACCACAUUUUGUUGAUUCCCAGCCUUCUGGUCCAGUUUCUCGGUCCUUGAUGUUUGCCUCUUCUGAUUCACAGCCUAAAUGUCCUUAUGAUAUCUCCUUUAUUUGCCAUAACUUCAAGUUACUUCGGCUUUUGGAUUUGGAAUCUAUCAUGGCAACUAGCUUUCCCGUUGAAAUAGGACUAAUGGUUCAGUUGAGAUAUUUGGCUCUAAGUGGUUAUAUGCAAUCUAUUCCACCGUCAAUAUCCAACUUGUGGAAACUUGAAACAUUGGUUGUCAUGGGGUCACGAGGUAAGGUCAUCUUACCUGAAACUAUUUGGAGCAUGGUGAGGUUGAGGCAUCUUCAUGUGAAUAGCCAUGCUGCUUUCAACUUUCUAGGUCUUCACAAAGAUUUGGGAAGUUCUUUUCAAUUGGAAAAUUUGGUCACAUUUUCCACCCCAUCACUAUCUUGUCGAGAUGAUAGGUGGAGGACCUUAAAAAGGUUCCCUAACCUGCGCAAAUUGAGAUGCAUAUUCUGGAAGUCAGGGGACUCUUCCAAAGAAAGCAGUGAGGUCAUAAGAUGGAACUUCUUAACUCAUUUGGAGUCGCUAAAGAUUAUUUGCUAUGGUGGAAGUCCAAAUUCUGGGGAUUUUCUCCUCCCACAAAGUCUUGUGGAACUGACUCUGUCAAACUUCUGUCUGCAAGAAAAUCAUCUUUCUGUGGUUGGGAAGCUACCAAAUCUCAGAGUUCUUAAAUUGCAUGCCGGAGCAUUUGAGGGGCAGAAAUGGGAAAUGAGAGAAGAAGAAUUUGAGAAACUGAAGUUUUUGGAAUUGGACACCAUGAAUCUUGUUGAAUGGGAUGCUUCUUAUGAACAUCUUCCCAGCCUAGAACGACUAGUGUUACGCAAUUGCAAGGAUUUGAAGAGAAUUCCAUGCGAUUUUGCCAGUAUCGUUACACUACAAAAGGUUCAAGUGCACUGGUGUGGGCAAUCUGUGGAAGUGUCAGCAAAAGAAAUAGGUGAUGAGACACCAGAGAUAAAAGUCGAUAUCAAUCGCUCCUGA